AUGGAUAUACCCGUUAAUAUAUUUUAUAUUGAAAUUAUACUAUCAAUUAUAUUCCUUGUAUCUAUAAUAUUAAUUGGAUUAAAUUUAAAAUCUCAAUCAAAUCAAGAAGAAAAUUCUUAUUUGUUUCAAAAGAAUGAAAAAUUUAAUUCAAUUGAAUUAAGAAAUUUUAAAAAUUCUACUUCAUCUUCAUCUUCAACUUCAACUUCAACAGCUUCAGAUUUUAUAAAGAUAGAAACCAAUCCAUUAUGCGAAAUUGUUGUAUCACUAGAAAUCAAUCAUAAUAUUACAGCUUGGUCUCCCAUCACUAAAGAAAAACAUAUAUUAACUAAUAAUAUUUGGCCAGUAAAUCAUAUAUCAAUAAGUGAUGAUGGGUUUGAUAUAAUAUUAAUAAAUUUUAAUAAAAAAAUAAUUUAUUGUUUUCAAAACUACAAGUUAAAAUGGACUAAAAUAUAUAAUGAUUUAAAUCGUGAAACAAAGGUGUUAGAAUCAUUUUUCAGAAAAAAAACUGUAGCUGGUUAUUUAACAAGGAAAAUAAUGAAAGAUAAUCAUAAAUCUGGGAAUUUUCCGGCUCCUCCAUCACCAAUAUUAGCUCCAUCUACAUUAUCAUCAUUUACAAUUCCAAGAGCUACAUCAAGAAGACCACUGCAUCCUCAAUUACAACCACCUUUACCAUCACUACUACAACAACAACCACAACAACAGCAAGUAAAUAAAGAAAUAAAACAUUCAAAUAAUGAUUAUAUACUAGUGCUAGAAACUGGUCAAAUAAUAGUCAUAUCAUGUGAUGAUGGAACAAUGAAAAUUGAAAAUUUCCCCAAAUUAUCAGCUGCUGCUAAAAUAAAAACUCCAAGAAUUAAUGACAAAAUAUUAUGUAAAAAGCAAAACGGAGAAUAUAUAAUAGGGACAGCAAUCAACAAUAAAUUUAUAUUCAAAGAAUUAAAAUUAAAAUUCAUAAAUGGACAAAUUCCACCACCAACACAAAAAUUUUUAAAUACUCCUGCAUUAAUACCACUUGAUUUUUUAGGUAUGAUAGUUUCAGUUCAAGAUUUUACAGCAAGUCUAAUUGAUGUUCAAACAGGAGUAGUUUUGAAAACUUUCAAUAUUGGAUAUUUCAAAGCUGGUUCUUUUAAAGUUGCACAUUCCGAACCAACACAUUGUAAAUUUUGUGGUUGUGUUUCAAUCAAUUCGUUAUCAUUAAUUUAUAAAGAUGAUUCGGGUAUAUUAAUAAUACACACUUACAAAAUUGAAAGUAAAAGAUCAAAAAAUAGUAUAUGUCUAAGAGUCGAAAGAGAUGUUAGAGAAAUUAGAUGUCUUGGAUUUAAUUCUAUUAAUGAAUCUCAAUAUUGGUAUGAAAAUUUAAAAUGUUGGCAAGUUACAGAUGUAAAUAUGAUUAUUGGAUUUGAAAAAAUAAAUUACAUCAAAAUUAAUCAAUCACUGUUAAAAUCAAAAUUACCUAAAGCAUUAACAAACAACAAUUUAUUUUCAUCAUCAUCAUCAACAGUAUGUACUUCGUCAUCAGCUUUAAACCAAGACUCGCCAAAAAAACACAAACAACAACAACCAAAUUUAAAUAAUCACACUCAUGGAUUACAAUCAAUAAGAUUAAGAAAUGUUUCAAAAGAAAAAAUACAACAAGAAAAAUAUGAAGGUUUUAUAAUAUCGUUAACAGAUGGUAAAAAGGAUAAUUACCCAUUAAAUAAUAUAUCCACUCCCAACUCAUCAUCAUAUUCAUCAUCGUCUUCAAAAAUUGUAUCAACUUCAAAAUAUGGAUUUAAAUCAAUCCUUAUUAAUUUUGGUCAAUGUUUUAAAAUUUUUUAUCAAGGUCAUAAUAAAUUAAUUGAAAAUGAUUUAUAUUAUAAUAAUUUAAAUAAUACUUCUGGAAACAGUUUAUUGUUUAUUAAUAAGAGAAGAAAUAGAUCUGUUGAUGCAUAA